AUGCAUAAAUAAUAAAGUCUUUAAUAAUCUUGAUAUGGAUCCUAGGGAUACCCUUAAACUAGCAUAAACGGAAUCUAGACUCUGGGUUGACACAUAAAUUUUGAACGAACAAAAGAAUAUUCCAGAGGUAGAGGCUAUGACUCUUCCGUCAAUUCUCGGAAAAUGGUGUUUCACGGAUGGUUCUUGGAAAGAGGACGAUAUUUUUUCGGGUCAAGGAUGGUACAAUACUUUAGAAGGAUUUGAGGGCUUGAUGGGUGUAAGGAAUGUACGGGCUACCGUCUCUCCUCUUCAUGCAGAGAUGAAAGCGCAACUACGGGCAAUAGAAUGCAUGAGAAAAUUUACGACAAUUUCAGGUUACGUUUGCAACAGAUUGUUCUCAGUUGGUGAAGAUGAUUUCAAAACCAGAAGAAUGACUAGCGUUUGCAAGUUAUUUGGAAGAUAUAAAGAGUCUGAAAGAGAGUUUUCUCUGAGCAGAGAUUAUCUAUGUACCAAAAACGCAUAAUAAAAAAGCGGAUAAGUUAACACGCAGUGUUAGUAAAGAAAUAUUUUUUGUAGUUCACAUGGAUCAAGAUUUUCCGGUGUAGUUCACGAAGUCAAUACGCAGUUGUAAAGUUGUCCACGCAAAAAAAAACAUUAAAAUUUAAAAGAAGGAAAUUUAGUUGCUGCUGAAGCUGACUGGUACUAACUAGUCUGGCUCCACGAGCGUUACGCUUCACAACCAACCCCUUCCCGAUUACUCUUUUUUUGCUUUAUUAAAAAAUUGUGUAGCCCAUCACUGGCCACUCUCCCUUGCCGUCGACGGCUCCGGUGCUCUACUCCGAUCACGUCUGCCUCUUUCAUGUCGGAUUGCUCUCCUGAAACUUGAGCUUAGCGGAAAGUGAAAGUGAGUCUCUGGAGGAUGGGAGAUUGAACAAGAGAUUUGCGGAUUCGAGGAAGAGAGAAAGAGAGAAAGUUUUAUUUAAAAAAUGGCACCUGUUAGUAAAGCAGAUAAGAAAGUAGCAGUAGAUGCUGCUGCCUGGAUGUUCAAUGUCGUCACUUCUGUUGGUAUCAUCAUUGUCAAUAAAGCUUUAAUGGCCACUUAUGGUUAUAGCUUUGCUACAACCUUAACCGGUUUACAUUUCGCUUUUACAACUCUCAUGACCAUUGUUCUCAGAUGUCUUGGUUACAUUCACCCCUCUCAUCUUCCCUUUCCCGAGCUUCUGAGGUUUAUUCUCUUUGCAAACUUCUCCAUCGUUGGAAUGAACGUCAGUCUUAUGUGGAACUCUGUCGGUUUUUAUCAGAUUGCAAAGCUCAGCAUGAUUCCUGUAUCCUGCUUGUUGGAAAUGGUGUUAGAUAAGAUCCGUUAUUCCAGAGACACAAAGCUUAGCAUAGGAUUGGUUCUUGUGGGUGUUGGUGUUUGCACUGUCACUGACGUUAGUGUGAAUAGCAAAGGCUUCCUAGCCGCUUUUGUUGCUGUGUGGAGUACUUCUCUGCAACAAUACUAUGUACAUUACCUUCAGCGCAAGUACUCGCUUAGCUCAUUCAACCUUUUGGGACAUACCGCUCCAGCCCAAGCCGCAACAUUGCUGGUUGUUGGUCCGUUUCUUGAUUAUUGGCUCACAGAAAAAAGAGUUGACAUGUACGACUACAACUUGGUCUCUGUGCUGUUUAUAACCCUAUCGUGCACAAUAGCGAUUGGGACCAACCUAAGUCAGUUCAUCUGCAUCGGGAGAUUCACAGCGGUAUCGUUCCAAGUCCUGGGACACAUGAAGACGAUCCUGGUGCUCGUAAUGGGAUUCUUCUUCUUUGGUAGAGAAGGUCUAAACUUGCACGUGGUCAUUGGAAUGAUCAUUGCAGUACUUGGUAUGAUCUGGUACGGCAAUGCCUCUUCUAAGCCAGGUGGGAAAGAGCGACGAAGCUAUUCUCUUCCAACGACCCGUCAACAGAAACUUGGAGCUGCUUCUGAUUCUGACGACAACGAAGGCACAGCCUAGCACUAGUAGUAAAUGUUCACGACCAUCACAUAGUAUACAUCUUUGUUUUUGAGCUCUGUUUUCUCUAGCACACAAUUAACAAACAAAAAGAUUUUUAAUACAGAUGAUUGAGAUUUUUUUUUUAAUCAAAUCUGGGCACCGUUCUUCUUCCUA